AUGGAGAUCCUACGCGCUUUGCCCCAGGAUUUCUGGGAGCUGCUGCACUGCCUGAAGAUGAGGAGCAAGUACGCCGUCCUGCUGGUCUUCGUCGUGGGCCUCAUCAUCAUAGAGAAGGAGAACAACUUCAUCUCCAGCCUGCGCACCAUCCCCCUGCAGCUGGCAGGCGACGGGGACCCUGGGCCACGGCGGCAUGUCCUGCUGAUGGCCACCACCCGCACCGGCUCCUCCUUUGUGGGGGAGUUCUUCAACCAGCAAGGCAGCAUCUUCUACCUCUUUGAGCCCCUCUGGCACAUCGAGAGGACGGUGACCUUUGAGCCGGGGGGAGCCAACGCGGUGGGCUCAGCCCUGGUCUACCGGGACGUCCUCAAGCAGCUCUUCCUCUGUGACCUCUACAUCUUGGAGAGCUUCAUCUUGCCAGCACCCGAGGGCCACGUCACACCCUUCAUGUUCCGGCGAGGCUCCAGCCGCUCACUCUGCGAGGAGCCCGUCUGCACGCCCAGCACCAAGAAGGUCUUCGAGAAGUACCACUGCAAGAACCGCCGCUGCGGCCCCCUCAACGUCACCCUGGCCGCCGAGGCGUGCCGGCGCAAGCAGCACGUGGCCCUGAAGACCGUGCGCAUCCGGCAGCUGGAAUUCCUGCAGCCGCUGGUGGAGGACCCCCGGCUGGGGCUGCGGGGCCGCUACAUGCUGGUCCGCUACGAGGACGUGGCGCGGGCGCCCUUGCAGAAGGCGGAGGAGAUGUACCGCUUCGCCGGGCUCCCCCUCACCCCUCAGGUCGAGGAGUGGAUCGGCAAGAACACGCAGGCGGCCCGGGAUGGCAGCGGCGUCUACUCCACCCGCAAAAAUUCCUCCGAGCAGUUCGAGAAGUG